UGAGGCCUGGAGCCACCAUAAAAGAGCCUUUUUGCUCCAGCUCGUGACGCCACCGGCACACCGCCCUGCCGGCUGGCAUUAACAGCCCCUCGGAAAAGCCCCCGGCGCUGCCCCCCUCCCUCAGGGCGCGCGGCCUGCCCUCAAAGAUGGCGCCAGACGCCAGCCUCACUUGCCCUCAGACGGGGAAGCGUCAGGAGCGGGGGAGGAGAGAAGGACGGAGGGGUGGUCACGUGGUGCUGGCGUGCUCGCCCUCUCCCCCCCCCCUCCGCUAGAGACGGACCCCGCUCUUUCGCCUUAGAAGCAGCCGAGGACGGCCGCCUCGCCUUCCAGAAGGGCCUCGCGUCGGGACCGAGCGCGCAUGCGCCGCGGGCGAGAGCAGCGCUCCGGCAAGGCUGCUUCGGGAAGACAAUGAACCUUCCGCUGGAGGCGAUCCAGCGGGCCCCCGGCGGCAUCCUCGAGCGCGGACUGAGGAGCGCGCCUUGCGAGCGGCCGCCGAGGGAUUGGAUCGCUGCCGCCGGGAGGCGGGGCUGCGCCUGAAGAGGGCGGGCCUAAGGCGUUGCCCCGCCUUCUGCGGGAGGAGCCUGCCUCCGGACCUCCCCCAGGGGGAAGAAGCCGGGCGUUUGGCCCCGCCCACCGGAGGGGCCAUGAAGCUGGUGCGCCUGCUCUGUCGCCACAAGACCCUGCUGGGGGGGCUCACCCUCUUUGCGGUGGUGCUGCUCUACCUGGCCAAGUGCACCUCGGAGGGCCUCAAGUCCUCCCCGGGGUGGGGGCUGCCCCAGCAGCAGCAGCCCCCUGCCCGCCCCGGGGUCCUCGGGGGUCCUCACCCGCCUGCGGCCGCCCCUCCGCCCCCUCCAGAGGAGGCCACCUUCCUGGCCGUGCUGGUGGUCAGUGGCCCCAAGUACACGGAGCGGCGGAGCAUCAUCCGGAGCACCUGGCUCUCCCCGGCCGGCCGGGUGCCCCGCAGCGACCUGUGGUGCUGCUUCGUGGUGGGCACCGGCGGGCUGACUGGAGAAGAGCUGCACAGCCUGGAGCUGGAGCAAAGCCGCCACCACGACCUCCUCCUCUUGCCCGACCUGCGGGACUCCUACGAGAACCUGACCGCCAAGGUCUUGGCCAUGUACGUCUGGCUGGACCAGCACCUGGACUUCCGCUUUGUCCUGAAGGCCGACGACGACACCUUGGUCCGCCUGGAUGUCCUGGCCGAAGAGCUGCGGUCCAAGGAGCCGCGCCGCCUCUACUGGGGCUUCUUCUCGGGCCGCGGCCGCGUGAAGUCGGGGGGCAAGUGGAAGGAAAACGCCUGGCUCCUGUGUGACUUCUACUUGCCUUACGCCCUGGGCGGUGGGUACGUGAUCUCGGCCGACCUGGUGCACUACCUUCGCUUGAGCCAGGACUACCUCAACCUCUGGCAGAGCGAGGAUGUGUCCUUGGGAGCUUGGCUGGCUCCGGUGGACGUCAAGAGGAUUCACGACCCCCGCUUUGACACCGAGUACAAAUCACGGGGUUGCAACAAUAAGUACAUUGUGACUCACAAGCAGAGCCUGGAGGACAUGCUGGAAAAACAUCAGACUCUGGCCAAAGAAGGGAAGCUUUGCAAGGAGGAGGCAAAACUUAGACUCUCUUACGUGUACGACUGGAGCGUGCCUCCUUCCCAGUGCUGCCAGAGAAAAGAUGGCAUACCCUGAAGCCCAAGGCUGUGGAUGGAUUAAAAGUGUCCCGUUUCAGAAGAGCAAUUCAGACACGAACCCCAAUGGGAUUAAAAAUUAAGGUGCUGCAACCACGUCGGUCUCCGAAUUGAAAUAGCAGCUUCUGCCGGUACCUUUUUUUAAAUGGAACAUCUUUGGCUUGACGCUUCUAUUUCACUUGGAUAAUUUCUUGAAUGUCUGUUGUUACAACAUUUUCCACUUCCUGACUGCUACCGUCUGCUCUUUGAAUCGUCUUCCCCUUUAUUCAAAAGGGGGGUGUUUUAAUCUGUAAAAACAUUUCGGGGGGGGCAACCUGAUUGGAUGCUGGAGCCGCCAUUAUGCGCUACGAACGGCCUCUUGAGUGGCUGUGGAAGAUCAGCUGCUUUUAAGAGGCUGCUUAAUUGCUGACGGAGACAGCUUCAUUUUGACUGAAAAAUCCACGCUGCUUCGGCCCUGAGGGAAUUAGAUGUUUUUAAAAUUAUGGCUGUUACCUUUUUCAAAUAUACUGUUAAUGAUUAAAGCAGGAUUGUGUCCUUUUCUUAGGGACCAGCAUUGGAGCCACAACUCUGGAUUGUGAUGAGCUGAAAUGGGAGAUGGCUAAAUUGGAUGCCUUCUUUGACCAAUUUCUUUAUGUUAAGAGAACUACGGGUUGCAAAUAAGGAUAGUCUCAUUUUCACACCUUGAUUGUUUGCAGCAGGCACAGUUUUGACAACUAGGGCUUAAUUCAGCCAGAAUUUAUGCUCUGUCACUAACCUUUCUGGUGAAUCACCUCAAAAAUUGUGGCCACGAUGCUCAAGGUGUAAAUGGUUCUGGACCAAAGGAUUUUUGGAAAGAUCUUAUAGAUGGAUGGAAUUGCUGUCUUUUAGGGAUGAAUUGUGCCCAGUGGGAUGGAGGGACUCAUAAUUUUUAUAUUGUGUGGGGUCCGUUAGCCAUGUUUGUUUUUCCUGGCAUCUACAAUAAUCCUCGCUCUAAAUAUUUACAUUUUUCCAUAGAUAUUUGAACUGCUUUUACCCCCAUGAAAGCUUAAAAAGAACCUUAGGGCUUAAUCUUUUCAUUCAGAAAAAACUCCUAGCAGAGAAUCUGAGAUACACAUCUAAUUAUGCUUAGAUCAGAUUAAGAGGAAAUUGUGAUCCAAUCAUGCUUAAGGAAAGAGUUGCUGAACUACUUGUCUAUGUUUUCCUGGUGGCCUCCGAUGCGAGCUCUAUCAAGAUAGAUCGUAAUUUCCUUUUUGAGAUCAAUUAAGGUGGAGCAUUAGCUGCUACUUUGCUACGGGGGCAAAGUUAGUUUGUUUUAACGAUGGACGUUCAGCAGCUUCCUUUGAAAAUUAGUUACCAGAACAACUGAAAAUAUUUGUCCCCUCCAAGGGGAGUUAGUAUUGUAUGUAAAAUUAUGUGCUUAUAAUAGUGAUAAUUUAUUUAUAAAUACUGUAAAUGUACUGUGUAUAGUUUCAGGCCUGAGAAAAAUGGUUAAAUGUCAGUUUUAAUUUAUUAAAGGAAUGUGUUGAAGCUCAGAA